AUGACAACUAUCUUCUCAGGUCAAAAUAGUUCUAACGAGACUCAGGAACGGGUCAACGAGGGAAAAAAUGGAAUAAUCACGCAUGUACUUUCGAAGGAAGGUAUUAUGGUGGAUCCGCAGAAACUUUUGACAGUCAGAGAGUGGGCUAAGCCCACAUCAGUGAUCGAAAUUCGUAAUUUCGUGGGUCUACCUAGCUAUUAUCAUCGGUUUAUGAAGAGGUUCGCCUUUAUUGCUUUUCAUUUGACCUGUUUAACUCAGAAAGAGUUGAAAGUGUAUGAGAAGAACUAUCCUACUCAUGACGUAAAACUGGCAGCAGUGGUGUUCGCGCUAAAAAUUUGGAGGCACUAUUUGUAUGGUGUCCAUUGUGACGUGUACACUGAUCAGUGCAGUUUGCGACAUGUGUUCACUCAGAGGGAUCUGAACUCUAGGCAGCGGAGAUUGAUGGAACUGCUGAAAUAUUAUGACAUCACCAUUCUGUAUCAUUCUGGUAAAGCAAAUGUGGUAGCUGAUGCAUUGAGCAGGAAGUCGGCUAGUAUGGGAAGUCUAGCUCGUUUGAUCUCUUUGGAGUGUUCGCUAGCUAGAGAGGUUCACACUCUGGCUAACAGUUUUAUGAGGCUGGAUAUUUCUAACGCGGGCAGGAUUAAGGCUAAGCAGUUUAAGGAUGCUAAGCUGUGUAAAAUUCAUGACAAGGUGUUGCGUGGUGAGGCCAAGGAGGCCGUGAUUGACGAAGAGGGGGUGUUACGGAUUAAGAGGAGAGUGAGACCUUGGAGUAGGGAUCUUCUGAGAGAGUCCUUAGAGAAGGUGAAGGUGAUUCAAGCUAAGCUUCUGGCAGCACAGAGUAGGCAAAAAGAGUAUGCGGACCGUCAGGUCCGAGAUCUUGAAGUUUGGAGAGAGAAGCGAAGUAUUGUUGAAGAAGAGAACUUGACAUAUGAGGAAGAGCCUGUUGCUAUCUCAGAUAGAGAUGUUCAUAAGUUGAGGUCCAAGGAAAUAGUCUCCGUGAAGGUUCAGUGGAAGAAUCGCCCGGUGGAGGAAGCUAAUUGGGAAACAGAAUCGGAUAUGCGUAGCAAGUAUCCUCAACUUUUCGCCGAGUCAGGUGGUAGAGUUGGAAAACUGGAAAAAUUGCGAGCUUACUGUUUCAGUGGUACAGCUGCGGCGGGGGAG